CUGCUGCCUCCCCUCCCCUCCCCUUCCCCUCACUGCUCUCUCCACCCUCCCUCCCUUACUCUCCUGCACGGAGCUGCAGUAUAUGAGAGGGUCUCCCGGGUCUAGCUUCACUGCAGUGUAGAGAAGGGCAGGGCGGCUGUUUCAGUACGAUGCGCUGAAGGAUGGUGCACCAGGAGAAACGCGUUUACCAGGCCCAGAGGAACGAGAGAGAGUCCAUCAGGCAGAAACUUGCCUUUGGCAGUUUCUAUGACGACGAGCCAGUCAUCUACACCAGCUGCAGCAAGAAUGGCCUGUCCUCCCGGCUGCAGACUGGGGUGAACCUGCAGGUGUGUUUUGUCAAUGACAGCAGCAGCGACAAAGACAGCGAUGCUGAGGACAGCAGGACAGAGACCAGUCUGGACACACCGCUGUCACCUGUGAGCAAGCAGAGCUCAUCGCUAUCGGACCGGGACACGGCGGAGGAGGACUCAGACCCGCUAGAUGACUGCGGGGGGUUCUGGCGGGUGCAGCGGAGGCUGCAGGAGGAGGCCCGGGUGGCUCUGGCUCUGGCUCGACCCAUGGCCCGUAUGCAGGUGGAGGUGGAGAGGCAAAUCCAACUGCACAGACGUUCACCCGUGGCUGACUUGCUUCCCCAUCUGCCCCACAUCAGCGAGGGCCUGAUGAAGAGGAAUCUGAGGCGAGGGGACAUGAGGGACAUGAGUCUAGGACAGCUGCAGGUCAUCACAAAUGACUUACACUCACAAAUUCAGAGUCUAAAUGGAGAGCUGGUGCAGUUGCUGUUGAUGAGGGACGAGCUGCAUGUGGAGCAGGACGCCAUGCUGGUGGACAUAGAGGACCUCACCAGGCACGCUCACAGCCAUCAGCGGCACCAGGCAGAGAAAGCUAUCUCUAAAUAAAGGACUCCGUCUGCACGCCAUCUUACCUCCUGCUCCGUGGACUGUCACCAGUGUUACCAAUGAAACUUCAUCUGUGCUGACUGUUUUUCGGAGAAAUGAAUAUACCAUGUACCCAGUGUUGACACACAGACAUAAAUGUAAUGCGCCACAGAAUGUUGUCAAAGGUCAGAGGACAUCUAAAAGAAGCUGAGUGGUCGCUGCUUUCAGUGUGGACACUGUUGAGUUUUUUGCAGGCUUUUCCCUUUCACUCAGCCUGAUUACUCAUGCCAUAUAUUUUAUAGAGCUAGGGGGAAAUCCUCUCAACGUAAUUGCAUUCCCUAACCCUGAUUUACCGCUUCAUGAUUUUGCACGGUACACUCAUGUUAAUUCUGGGAUAGAGAGAGCACCUGCACGCCUUGUUUCUCCGUUGUCUGAUGACUUCUAGGGGCCACACCUGACUGCACUUUGUCUUUUGUUUGUAUAUCAAGAGAUUGAUCAGUUCAUCUGUAGACAUGCUCUCUUCACCUAUUUAUCAUUACUUUUACUAGGGGCACUGUGUCACUGCUGUUGAUCACUGAAAUUCACUAUUACACACCUACUACUCCCUGAGCUGUUGCAAACAGAAGAUGAUGAACACUGAGCAGAUUUGCAGCUUAGCUUCACAGUGGUGUUCAAGUGCUGUAGCAACUUCACUGAGGUCUUGUCAUUUGGAUUGCUGCUACAGUUUCCACCUGCUUUAAAGAUGCAUUACAGAGCUGUACUCAACAUUUUGAACUUCAUUUCGACAAAUUUGUAUUUGUCAAAUGCCUUUAUGUACUCGGUAAAAUACACAAAAUGACAUGAAAUGGUUUAAAAAGAUUUUACUGGUUAAUACAUAGGGAUAGAAAAAAAAGCAAAAGUGGAGGCAUGACAGCCCCUAAAUAAAAAAAAUAUUCAAAGUCGUUUUUGUUGUGCCCAAUUUACUAAUGCUUAAAAAGGGUAAACAAGAAAAAAAUAUAUAUAUGAAUAAAUCACAGCCUAAACAUAUAUAAUUUAUCUGUUCAGAGGAUUUAUGGACGUCCAGUAUGUAAAUGUUAAAAGAUAAUUUAUUAAAAGGAUGAAGAACAUGCCUUGUUGUCUGUAAGUGUUUUCACUCUCAGCUUUUUAAGAAUGUUAUUUAACACAAAGUCAAACUUUCUUUUCUAAUAUGCUUCAGUGAUAAAUGUAAUGUAUGAUGAUUGUAAAAUGAAAACUCCAGUAAUAAAUGUUUCAAGUGUGUGA